UUUAGUUAUUAAAUUCCUGAUGUUUUUGAAGGACGAUAUGAACUGCGCGGAGGCGUACGUGAAAUUUCUGUGCAAAUGGUUGCUUGACAACUGUCUUGAUGACAUGGAAUUCUUGGCCAAGAACUAUGACAAAGGCUGCAUCGAUCGACUAAGAAUGGGUUCUACUCCCUUUGAGCGGGUUUCAUAUACGGAAGCAGUCGCCAUGCUAGAGGAGGUUGUAAAGGGUGGUAAAGAGUUUGAGAAUAAGGUGGAAUGGGGAAUGGAUCUAGCAUCUGAACAUGAAAGAUACUUGACCGAGGUGAUAUUUCAAAAGCCCGUUAUCGUGUACAAUUACCCUAAAGGAAUUAAAGCGUUCUAUAUGAAGCUUAAUGAUGACGGGAAAACUGUGGCAGCUAUGGAUGUCCUUGUACCCAAGGUGGGAGAACUGAUUGGUGGAAGCCAAAGGGAAGAGCGCUACGAGAUUAUCAGGGACAGGAUUACAGAGAUGGGGCUGCCUCUCGAACCCUAUGAAUGGUACCUUGACCUUCGACGUUAUGGUACCGUAAAGCACAGUGGUUUUGGGUUAGGUUUUGAGCGGAUGAUUCUAUUUGCUACUGGUAUUGAUAACAUCAGAGAUGUUAUUCCGUUCCCUCGGUACCCAAACAGAGCAGAUCUCUGAGUUCAUUAUGCUCAGUUUUCUGCUACGGCUGCUAUUAUUAUUUGCUCUUCUUGUCUAAGGGAAAGCAACUGUCCUUACAUAGCCUUUGCUCUUCGAGUUAUUUUUGGCAUGAAUGAUGGCAUUAUAGAUGAAUUUAGAAGCAGUGCUUAUCUGCAGUACCCCUCUUGUUGAAUACAGAUUAACCGACUUGCCCGAUUUCAGUAGAAAAGUUAUUAUAGAAGAAUGGUUUGUAAUUUUCUAUCUUGUAUUGUAAAAAAUGACUGAUUUAUAGGUGUGGCCUUCAGAAAUGUGGAAUCAUUAUGUUUCAGAAAAAUUCUGGCUCAA